AUGAAGGGAAUCAGUCCCUUGCCGGCUAUUGUCAUCGACAAUGGCUCAGGCUACAUCAAAGCAGGCUUUGCAGGCGACGAGAAACCAAGAGCUGUCAUUCCAUCUGUCGUUGGCCAUCCUCAUGACGUCGGGGUGAACGGCUAUUGCGUCGGCGGCGAGGCCAUGAGAUGCAACAACCUCUGUCUCACCAAACCAAUCCAGCAUGGCCUCGUAACCGACUGGGAUGAUCUCGAGAGGCUCUGGGAUUAUACAAUCUUUGAUGGUCUGCAUACGACGCCGCAGGACCGAAAUGUCAUGAUAACGCAAGCGCCGCUCACUACCCUGGCUGAACGACGCUACAAAGCCCAAACCCUGUUCGAAUCGUUCGGGGUAGCUGCGUGUCACUUUGCCUCCCAGCCCUUCUUAUCUCUCUUCUCGGGAGGCCGCAGUACCGGUCUGUCGCUCGAUAUAGAUACCAUAGACCCGGCUGUCUGGCGCCUUGAUUUUGGUGGUCGCGAUAUUACCGACUACCUCCUUAGGUUAUUCGUGCAGUUGGGCUACGAUUCCAUGGGGACCAACGACGCUCGGAUGGUCAAAGAGGAUCUGUGCUUUGUAGCGAUCAACUUCAACAGGGAGAUCCGCAAGCUUGGAAGACGACUCGUAUCUUAUACGCUUCCCAACAGACGGAAUGUCCUCGUCGGUGAACAACGGUUCAAGGCCACAGAGACGAUCUUUGAUCCCUAUCGCUCCGGUCUGGAUGAUGGAAUUCACAACUACGUGUUCGACUCGAUCAUGAAAUGCGAGCCUGAGAUUCAGCCCCAGCUUUUUGGGAAUAUAGUUUUGUCUGGCGGUACAGCGAUGAUUCGAAACUUGCCGGGGCGGUUCGCGGCCGAAAUAUCCAAACUCACUGAUCACAAAGUCAAUGUGUAUUCCCCUCAGAAUGCGAGGAACUCAGUCUUUGUUGGGGCCUCCAUGCUCGCAUCGCUCCCGCAAACUCGAAAGCUGUUUAUACGCAAGCACGAGUACGAGGAAUACGGCGCCUCAAUUUUGGCACGCAAGUCUCUUGGAUGACGAAAAGGGUCGUUCGUAGUAGUAUCAAGAAAUGAGACUCGUGAGGGCAUGCAGUGAGUGGCAGAGAACACGGAGAUCAUCAACGUUCAAAAAAAUGAGAAUGGGUUGCAGUUGUACACAAGAGCUUGCUCGUUUGGGUCGAUGUGGGGGAAAAGCUUCUUUUUACCAACGUGGAGCGCUGCGGCCAAUUUGAAUUGUUCAUAUAAAAUUAUCAGAGGACGUUCAAUUCUAUUCAAAACCCGCCCCAGUGGCGAAAACUCC